AUGGACGCAGUCGAGGCGGAUCCCGCCAGCCGCUGGCAGGGGGUCUCCGUCAGCCGCGCGUCGCCGACGCCCCCCGAGUCCCUGGCUACCGUCAAAUCGUUGAUCAAGUCGUUCGACUUGGGGUGCCCAGGUAAAAAACCCCAAAACGCCACGGAGCUGAGGGUCUCUUAUUUCUCUGACAAAAUGUCUUCUUGUGCCCCACCCAGCUUUCAUUCCUAUUUCCUGUUUGGAUUUGUUUGUAGAUGCCUUUAUACAUGCACCAUCUCUUGACAUGUCAGGGCUCUGUGCAGCGCUAUGCAUGCAGCAAAGCAGAAUUUUAAAACAGUUCAAAAUGGCGAUUUUAAAAUGCAGGGCUAAUCGGGAGGGGAGACUCCUGCAGUUGCGCUAAAAUCCUGCUCGUGGGCUUCCCAUAAUGGGCAUCUGGUUGGCCACUGGGAAAACAGGGUGCUGGGCUAGAGGGGCCCCCUUUGGCCUGAUCCAGCAGCCCGGCUGUUUCGAUGCCAUAGAUGGAACCCGGGACCUCCAUGCCAACAGAUGCUCUGCUGCUGAGCUGCAACCCUUCCUAUAUACGCCGAGUCAAACCUUACGUUUUAGACUGAAAUCAAGGAGUGCUGCUGGAUCAGACCAGCUUCCCUGCUUCCAACAGGGGACAGCCAGUUGCCUCUGGGAAUCCUGCAGUCAGGCUUUACAGGGCUUUCGGGGUGGAUUUAAAAGGGGUUGGGCAAAUCCACGCCUAAGGAUAAGGCUGUGGAUGGCUACUAGCCACUGAAUGCCCCUGAAUAUGCCCCUGAAUACCACUAAUUGGGGAUCACAAGCGGGCAGAGCGCUGUUUGAACUCAGGUCCUGCUUACAGGCUGCCCAUUGGGGCACCUAGUUGGCCUGUGUGAGGACAGGAUGCUGACCCAGAUAGGCCUCGUUCGGCCUGACCCAGCUGACUCUUCCUCCAGCCAUUUAUAACACACUUCCUUCCAUUAGACCUCACUUACCAUCAGUGAUGGCAGCAUGUAGCCCUAGGCCUAGCUGGCACCUAGUUGGCCACAUUGAGGGCAGGAUGCUGGCCUAGAUUGGCCCUCUUGGGCCUGGUUUAUAUCCGGCGUCCAUUUAUAUCUUGCUGCCCUCACUCUCCAUUUGACUUCACUUGCCAUCAGUGACGGCAGCGUGCAGCCAAAUCCAGUUAGCCACCGUGAGAGCUGGAUGCUGGCCCAGAAGGGGCCUCCUUUGGCCUGAUCCAGCAGCCAGGCUCUUCCCGCAGCCAUUUAUGUCACACUGCCCUCACUCUCCAUUAGACCUCACUUGCCAUCAGUGAUGGCAGCUACCAACACCAGCACCUCGUCAGCCACAAUGAGUACCGGAUGCUGGACUUGGCGGGUCCCCUUUUGGCCCGAUCCACCAGCCUGUUCCUCUGCCCUUCCACAAAGACCAACCAGCUGCUUUCUCUUCCCUCGCAGGUGGUCCGGGGCAGAGCGUUCCUGUCCACAAGGUCUCCCGGAGCCCCCUCAGCGGCAUUCCCACCAGGACAGCUCCGGCUGCUGCCGUCUCGCCCAUCCAGGUACGGAAGAAGCAGCCCCCUCCCUUCCUUUGCAGAAGUGGUAUUUGGGUGCUGGACGGACUUCAGGGAGCCUUUUAUGGCAGGGGAAGAGAGAGAUUUGGGGGGGGGGAGGUUCAGCACGUCGCCACCAGGAAGGGGAAAUGGAUCUGUUUGUUUCUUUUCUGCAAAGGCACCAAAUACCGGCAGAUCAAAGCGAAGCCCUUGGUGGGCCCCAGCGAAAAGCCCCCCCCCCUUCUGACCGCCUCUCGGAAUCCAGCAGCGGAGGUCACUUUUGGGGCCGUCUUCAAAAUAAUAACAACGAUCUGGUUUUGAUCUCCCCCCGCCCUGCUCCCGAGAGCCCUAAUAAACAAUAAAUGCUGAGGGCGUGGGCGGUGAUGGGGAGGGCAGGGGCCAAAGCCUUGGGGCGCGUGCAGAGAGAUAUGCAGAAGUCGGGAAGAGAGAGCCAGGCCAAGAGCCAAAGUCCCCUCCGUUCAAAAGGGACCCGAAGAGUCAUCUAGUCCACCUCCCUGAAAUGCCGUGGGGACAUGGGUUCAGUUUUCAACUCCAAAUCUAUUUCCAAUCUGACCUUUUUCGAAAAUCCUCCCACUUUUAAAACUUUUUAAAAAGUUUUAAACGUUUGCCUUCCUUCGCUGCUCCUUCGGGUUUGUUUCUUCAAUCGAGUUUUGUACGGACUCAGGCAGAUAAAUGCCGUGAUGUAUUGGGGCAGGCGGACGCUGAGUUGUGUCGCUUCCCCUAAAAAAAUAAAUCGAGAUCCCCGUCCUCCUGGUUCUGAGUUAAACUUCAGCAGAGUUUCUUUAGGUUUAGCCGAGAUGGAAGGGAAAGCUGCCUUAUACCAUUGAUCCGUCCAGCUCAGUAUUGCCUGCACUGACUGGCAGCAGCUUCCCAGGGUUUCCGACAGGGAGUCUCUUUCCCAGCCCUUGCCCAGAGUAGCCGGGGAUCGAACCUGCGGCCCUGUCUUCAUCUAACUCAAAUGCUCCACUGCUGGGCUGCGGCCCUUUGCCCUGCCUCUCUCGGUGCUGAAUGUUCGCUGUCCUCCUGCAGACACUCUGCGUUCUCCCUGCCCUCCGUGUUUCUGUUCUUUCUUUACUAACUGCUCAUCCUCAGGUGAUCAUGCAGAGGCACACCCUCCCCUCUCCCUCUUCGGGAAUCGUCCGCCCAUCCCUGAGCACCUGGGGUGAUAUAACAACCAGCUUAGGGUGGCACUUUCCAGAGGGAGCCAGCAGGGAUGCAUCUGGAGGAACUGGUAAUUUAUGAAACAAUGGAAGCAGGAGGGGAGACUCCCUUCCACCCCACCCAAGACAGGUGCUCCAUUCGAGCGGGUUCCACCGCCCAGUUUUGGGGCUGCGUUUUUUUGCAGAGGCAGCCCCAGGAAGCUGCAAGGGACCAGCUCCUCUCCCUUUUCGUCCGCCUGCCAUAUUUGCAGCACCCCCAAGGAUGCUGGCAGAUGGCCAGCAUGAGGAUAACCCCGAACGGAGCUCUUCUGCUUCAGUUUGGAGGGGCUUCGGACCACGCAAGCCACUAUGGUGCAGUGCUUAAGAGUGCCGGACGCAGGAGACGAGGGUUCAAAUCCCCACUCGGCUGCGAAACUUUCGCUGGUGGUGAUCUUGGAACACUGCCUGCCUCUCAGCCUCACCUACCUCGCAGGGAUGUUGUGGGGGUUAAUAGAGGAGAGGGAGACCCAUGUAUGCCACCUUGAACUCCCUGGAGGAAAAGGUGGGACAUCAAGGUGGGAUCUACGGGUAUAGGGUGCUUUACAAAUUUAAUAACAAAUAAAAUAAUAAAUCAUAGAAUCAUAGAGUUGGAAGGGACCCUGAGGAUCAUACAGUCCAACCCCCUGCGAUGCAGGAAAUACGUGGAUUGAACUUGCAACCUUGGUGUUACCAGCACCACACUCUAACCAACUGAGCUAUCCAGGCACAGUUAAUAAUAACAGCAAUUGGGGUCUAUCAAGGCACACACUGGACUGGCUAUUAUCCAGUUUUCAAACAAGACAGGAAACUAGAAUCCUGAGGGAAUCCAAAUUCUCUGCUUAGGGGGAAAAAAGAAAAGUGACUCGUGUGAUGUGCAGGAGUUGUUUUCAAAAGGCCUUGUGAGGUUUUUGUUUUUUUUGUUUUACAUUUUUGUGCAGCCCAACAACAUCAGUGGCCCGGCGGCUGGCUUAGACCAGUGGCCCAUCUAUCUAGUCCAGCAUCCUGCUCUCUCUCACCUUGGCCAACCAGGUGCCCUUCAUGGGAAACAGCGGGACCUGAGUUCAAGAGCCCUCUCUCCCCUCCUGCGGUUUCCAGCAAUUGGUAUUCAGAAGCAUGGCUGCCUCGAACCAUGGAGGCAGAGUGUAGCCAUCAUGACUGAUGGCCACUGAUGGCCCUUCUCCUCCAUGAAUCUGUGUGAAGAAGUCUUUUAGAAGACAGCUGAAGGCAGCCCUGUUUAGGGAAGCUUUUAAUGUUUGAUUCAUGACGGUAUUUUAAUAUUUUGUUGGACGCCGCCCAGAGUGGCUGGGGAAGCCCAGCCAGAUGGGCAGAAAAUAAAUAAAUUUAUUAUUAUUAUUAUUAUUAUUAUUAUUAUUAUUAUUAUUAUUUGUCCUGAACCUCCCAACAUCCAGCUUCAAUGGGUGUCCAGUGAUAUUCUAGUGUUAGGACAGAGAGAAAAGCUUUCCUCUCUCCACUUUCUCUGUGCUGGGCAUAAUUUUGCCAACUUCUCUCAUGUCCCCUCUUACUUGCCUCUUCUCUACACUAAAAAGCCCCAAAUGCUCUCCAUCUCCACCAAUCCCCCCUCUGUGCCUGUUCUGUGUUUCCAUGAAACAAGCCCCACACAUAUCCCUGGGGGCAUAUUCUCCCCCACCUCCCGAUUCAGAGCAGAAUCUGCCUGGGGAAAAAUUGGCUGAAUGUGUCUUGACAGCAACCAGAUGGGAGCUUCCUUCUCCUGGGGGUACAUACCUUCUGUCUUUGCAGAUGUGUGGUUUAACCAGCCGUGUAACCGGCUAAAUUCUGUGGUCGUUUCUCUCUCUGUUUUGGUUGCAGAGACACUCCACCUUCAGCAACCCAAAGCCCUCUGGGAAGGCAUUUUCCAAGCACGCUGAUCUUCCAGAGCUUCCCUUGGCAGGUGAGUUGUAAGAAUAGCAAGCAAGGCCUUCUGGAUGCAACACCUCCACCUUCUAAAAUCAGGUGCUGCCACGGGCCAGUUCCCCACCAACCUACCUUCAACCAGCCCCAAUCGCCCUGCCUUUCUACUUGCAACCAGCUCAGGGGGUGGCUUCCUUCUCUAUCUCAGCGUUUCUCCUUGCAGAACCCAUCAUGGCUUAGGACCCUCGUACCUACGGGACCGCCUCUCCCGGUCUGCCCCACAGAGGACCUUAAGGUCCAUAAAUAGCAACACCCUAGUGGUCCCGGGCCCUAAGGAAGUCAGUUUAGCCUCAGCCAGAGCCUUUUCAACACUGGCUCCGGCCUGGUGGAAAGCUCUGCCUCAUGAGACCAGGGCCCUGCAGGAUCUGAUUUCGUUCCGCAGGGCCUGUAAGACAGAGUUGUUCCACCUGGCCUUUGGCUUGGAAUCAACUUGAUCCCCUCCCCCUCUUUCUUUUUCCCUUUUCCUUCUGUGAUGAACUCCUACUUGGGGACUUCCCUGGCUUUUUUCUGGCCCACGUUGGACCAGUCUGGAUAGUUAGCCUUGGUGAAGACUUGACGUUUUCAUCCCCCAAAAAGUUUUUGACUUUCUGCUGAAAUGAGGCUGCAUUUUAAUGUUGUAUUUUAAUCUUGUUUUUUAAGUUGUAUUUCAAAGAAUUGUUUUAUAUCUGGUGUUAGCUGCCCUGAGCCCGGUCUUGGCUGGGGAGGGCGGAGUAUAAAUAAAAUUUAUUAUUAUUAUUAUUGAGGAGGAUGCUGGGUGCAAAAUGAGAGCCAAUUGCCUCCACCUGCCAUUGGUUCUGGCGCCACCUACUGUUCAGCUCCCUGCUUUCCACCCUGCCAGCCCCAGCGAGCACCAGCCAGAGCAGAGGGGCCAUCUUUCUUAGUUGUGACUGUGUGUGUGUCCCCCACCACGACCUCUUGCCACUGAGAUGGGCGGCUGGUUUUGAGGGCACUUAGACUUCCUCCCUGCGCAGUUCCUUCCUCUUUCUUGGCGCUUUCCCUCCCUCGGUGCCCGUCGGGCAAUGCUGUGGCUCAGAAGGAUGAGUCACAGCCAGCCAACCUCCCAGGCCGCGUGUGUGUGGGGGGGGUCCCGCUUCCCCACCCCCAGCGCCUUCUGGCUCCUCUUGAGAGAACAGCAAUAGCCUGUGGGGUUCUUCAGCGAUCUGACAGCAGCCCAAGCUCCCCUUGUCCAAAGACAUUUGAAUCCCAUGCGUUGUGUGGGUGUCAUCUGCUGAAAAGAGCAUCAGCCUCAAAAGGCACUGACGGCGCAAAGGCCGGCCGGCCACACACUCUUUGGUAACACUGGGAUUUAGGGGGACAGCUAACGAGGCCGAAUGUUGGAAGGCUCAGGGCAGAUAAAAGAAAAGUCCUUUUAUUCAUUUAUUCAGAGUCGUAGGUCAACAAAUGACAAAUCUUAAAACCGAAUAGAGUCUCAGGCCAAAAUGCAUACAUAUGUAUGGGCGGAACAAGCUUGCAAGUAAUUCGCAAUUAAGAGUCGCGUAUCUCUUUUUGCAGUGUGGAAAGAGAAUCUUGCAACCCUGUAGCUGGAGCGUUUCUUAUCAAGUCCCACCGAGCGCCAUUGGGACGUUCUGCUGAUUUUAUGAGUGAUCUUUUCUGAGUGCAAAUGAGUUCCUCUCCCGGUUACCUACGUCAGGGCUGAUGGGAUGUGGAGGCCGAGAAGCGCUAUAGAGGACCACAGGCUCCCCACCUUCCUGCGCUGUGAAUCUCUUCUUCUUCUCUAACUAGGAGACUGCAGCCGUCAGUAUGAGGGGUCGAUCCACUCCUACAGGCAGCAGCAGGAUUCUCCAUUUUUGAGUGAACAUGCGGGGGAUUACAGGCAAUCCUUUCUCCCCCACAGGGGUUAUGUUUCGGACCCCACGCACGUCGGCAGGACCCGUGUAAAGUGUUCCGCCCCGCCCUGCCCCCAUUCCGCCCUUUGAGUGAUGUUUUAGGGUCACUUUGGGGUUCAGCGCCGUGUGUGUAUGUGCAAUCACAUGCAGAUUAUUCGGUGCCCAUCUUCAAGUUCAGGGCAGGACUGGCAGACUUCCGGUUUGCAGGAACUCCUAUUUUACUUAGACACUCCCCCAAUGGCUACAGUAUGUUCUACCUUCACUCUUGAGGGCAUUAAUGCCUCUAAAUCCCGGUUGUUGGGAGUCACCAGAGUGCGGAGAGCGCUGUUGCGCUCAGGCCCUGCUUGCGGGGGCUGUUUCUUGCGGGUGUCCGGUUUCUCCCACCCAGGGCAGCUACGCCCACCAACCUGGGGGGCUUUAAGAGAGGUUUAGAACCACAGAAUCGCAAAUUCAGGGAGGAGGAUGAAGCUGUGGCUGGCUGCUAGCUGCGAUGGCGAUGUGCUGCCUCCCCUCUCGGAGGCAGUAUGCUGGGGAAUCGCAAGCCGGAAAGGAGUUGCUGCUGCACUCAGGCUCAGCUUCCAGGGAUUCCUGCUGUGGCAUCUGGUUGGCCAUCAUGGACUAGACGGGCCUCCUUUGCCCACUGCUCUUGUGACGUCAUUCUUAUGCUCGUGGUUCUUACACUGACUUACACAACCGGCCCACCUAUGUCAGUAUUGUCCACUUCCCCUCUGCGUCUUUUCCAACGGCCCUGGCAGCAACCAAUCCCUCCAGCCGGUCUCCGCACGCCCAGUUUUCCUCGGGACGGCAUUGGUUGCUUUUUUAGAGAAGCAGCUUUUUAAAAUGAGGAACCAAAGAACCUGGGGAAGAAAAAAAAGGAAGGUGCCUUGCUCUACGUGCGGGGGAGACUUUUUUUCUCAGAGCUGCCGCGAGGGUCAUUAAAAAGGGUGCCGUUUCCUGGAUCUUCCUGCAGUUGCAGAACAGUCAUUACCUUAAUUGAGCAGAUAGUCAGACACAGCAGAAGAGGAGCAGAGGGAGACCGCAGGCGUCUCCUUGCUGCAGCCGUGGAGUAAAUGGCCGGGGAGGAUCUGAGCCAGGGAUCUCUCGGUGGGGUGGGCAGAGGUGGGGGGGACUCCUGUUUACUGGAACAGCCAUAAGACAGCAGGAUGUGUGACGUCCUUUUGUUAAAUCCGCUAAUAAUCCUCAGUCGUUGCUUCCUGUAUUGCAAACUCAAGCCCCCCCCCCCCCGGGCCUGAACGUUGCGUGGUCUUCACUUCCCUCCUGCAGCCCUUGCUGCAAGGCCAGCCACACCAACCUGGUGCCCGCCAGAUGUUCUGCGCUGCAACUUCCAUCAGACCCCAGCCAGCAUGGCCAAAAGUGUGCGAGAGACAGAGAGAGCUUACGGCUAAGCUUUGCAGCAGCAGAAGGAAACAUUUCUCUGCGUUUACUUCUUUGCUGUAGAAAAGGGGUUGUCUCUGAGCAGGAAAAGGCAAGCUUGGGUUCACACAUGGAGAGUGUGUGCUCUAUGCGCCAAAGGCCUGAGUGGUGGGGGCUGUUUGGAAGGAGACCCUCCACUUUGCAGGGUGGGUGGGUGGAGGGCAGAGGAGUGUUCUUGAAAUCAGCUCAGAGAACAGGGGUAGGCAACCUAAGGCCCGGGGGCUGGGUGCGACUCAAUCGCCUUCUCAAUCUGGCCCACAGACGGUCCAGGAACCAGCGUGUUUUUACAGGAGUAGAAUGUGUGCUUUUAUUUAAAAUGCAUCUCUGGGUUAUUUGUGGGGCCUGCCUGGAGUUUUUACAUGAGUAAAAUGUGUCCUUUUAUUUAAAAUGCAUCUUUGGGUUAUUUGUGGGGCAUAGGAAUUCGUUCAUUAUUAUUUUUUUCAAAAUACAGUGGUACCUUGGGUUAAGUACUUAAUUCGUUCCAGAGGUCUGUUCUUAACCUGAAACUGUUCUUAACCUGAAGCACCACUUUAGCUAAUGGGGCCUCCUGCUGCCACCGCGCCACCAGAGCACGAUUUCUGUUCUCAUCUUGAAGCAAAGUUCUUAACCCAAGGUACUAUUUCUGGGUUAGCGGAGUCUGUAACCUGAAGUGUAUGUAACCUGAAGCAUAUGUAACCUGAGGUACCACUGUAUAGUCCAGCCCCCCACAAGGUCUGAGGGACAGUGGACCGGCCCCCUGCUGAAAAAGGUUGCUGACCCCUGUCAUAGAAUCACAGAAUUGUAGUGGGAAGUGACCCCCAAGUCCCUUCAAGGCAGGAAUCACAAAGAACCCCCAGCAGGUGGCCCUCUGCUUAAACAAGGCCGGAGAGCCUUACCGCCAGGCAUACACCAGCAGCCCCCACCCCAAGGAGACAUGAUUUCUGCAAAUGACAGUUCCUUGUCUCUCUCCUCUCCCCACCCAGACUUGCUGAAAGGGAGAAGUGAGGACCUGAAGCCAGACCACUUUCUCCGCAAAAGCCCCUCGCUGGAGUCCCUGAGCAAACCGCCCUCCAUGUCCUUCUCCGGCAGGAUGCUCACCUCCACCCACAGCGGCCUGAAACCCCCCAGCAAGCUCAGGUAAGCGAAACGGAAGCUGAGCUGAAAGAAAGGAAGGGGGUGGGGAAUGGAGGCUGCCUUUGCCUGAGCCAGGCCAUUAGGCCCUAUAUUGCCUACACUGGCUGGCAGAGGCCCCCAGGGUUUCAGGCCGGGUCCCCCCCCCGCAGCCGUGCCUAGAGAGGCUGCCAGGGACUGAACCGGGGACAUCUGGCAUGUAGUGCCGCUGCUCUGCCACUGAGCCAAUGCCUCUCCUGAAUGCCCAUCAGUGCUGUCUGUCGGUGCUGAGUGGCAGAGCUCCUGCCAUGCAUGCGGAAUCGUAGAAUUUUAGAACUGGAAGGGGCCACGAGGGUCAUCUAGCCUUGCAACGCAGGAAUCUUUCGCACCACAUGGGGCUUGAACCCACAGCCCUGAGAUUAAGAGCCUCAUGCUCUACCGAUCGAGCUCUGCAGCCUCAACUCAGAUGUCACCGGUUCAACCCCUGGUGGUACCUAUUUCUUUAUUUUUAAUACAUAAAGCAAUUAAAACAUCACCAAAUCAUAAAAUGCAAAGCAGAUGGCCCACACGGCCGAUUUUAGUGGCGUAGGACUGAGCAUACUCAGUGGUGGGCAUGGCCAUUUUGGGGACAGGGAGGGCAUGAUGGACUCUCCCAAAGAGGGCACAGCUGGCUAAAAUAGGAACCUGCCACAUUUCCCCUCUCUGUGCGUUUUCCUUAUAGCAAAUGCAUAAAUUGGCCACCAGUUCCCUAGCACUGGCGCCAUUUCUGCCGGGUUGCGUGUAUGGUGUGUGUUUUUCGGUGUGGGGGGCACAGGGGGAUGGCAGCCAUCCCUGGCCCCUUUUCAGAGCGGAGCAGUCCAAGCGGAGUAACGGGAGGUUUGUUAACAAAACUUUUUCCUCUUCCUGGUUCCAGCGUGGAGAGGAAGGACCCUUUGGCUGCUUUGGCGAGGGAGUACGGCGGCUCCAAGAGGAACGCCCUGCUGAAAUGGUGUCAGAAGAAAACAGAGGGGUACCCAGUAAGUGAAUGGGCGGCUUGCUUGCGUGGGUGGCUGAGUUGCUUGCUUGUCACAAAGGGAUCAUUUUGCCCAAAAGCACCACUGUGGCAGCAGCCAAGCACUUUCCUUCUGGGGGCUCCCAAUAGUACAUAAAAACAGGAGCCUGCAUUUGAGUGGGGGCAUGGAGUAUAUUUCCCUUUGCUCCUCAGACAAUAUGUGCACCCUCUUCUCCAGCAAUCGCCAAUUCCCUUGGCAACAUGGGAUGCUAAAAAUCAAGUUUCCCAUCCUCAUGAUUCUGAAUUAAGAGCUGGUUUAUGUAGGAAGCUGCCGUAGUCAGACCCUUGAUCCAACCAGCUUGAUAUUGUCAACACUGGCUGGCAGCGGCUCUCCAGGGCUUCCCGACAGGAGUUCUCUCCCAGACCUGCCCGGAAGUGUCAGGAUUGAACCCGAGACUGUUUGCAUGCAAAGCAGGUGCUCUCCCACUGAGCUAUGGGGAAAAACCCACUCUUGGACGCAGAGCUUUUAAGCACAGACCUUGCGCUUGGAAAGAGCAAGGCAAAAGAUAAAUGUGGAUUACGCCAUGGCAGCAAGUGAGACUCUGGGCCAACUAGCUCAGCAGUGCCCACACUGACUGGGUCGCCAGCCUGCCUGCUUAAAGCAGCAUUUCUACAAUUAAUGCAUUUCAACACAUUUUGCAGGCUGCACAGUAGAUUGCCCUACGGAGCAGGCGAGACAGGACACUGCUGGCCUCGUUCGUUGCUGGGCUUACUUGGAACUGAAGGUCUUAGAAUCAUAGUAGAGCUGGAAGGGAAUCCAGGGGUCAUCUAGUCCAACCCCCCGCAGUGCAGGAAUCUCAGCUGAAGAAUCCCUGACAGAUUCCUAGUGCCUAGUCUGUUUCCUGCCCACACACCCUGACUUCUUUGCACAGAGAUCAGGCACCUAUUUAAGGAGGCAUGUUUUCCCAUAACUCUGCGGGGAACUUAGAUGAGACCUUGCCUCAAAGCAAGCGCCUAUCCAAGCACCCGGUGGUUUUUGUUGCUUUUAGUGCGGGGGGAGCAGGUUUGUUGCGCAAGACCUCCCGAUCAGCAGCAACUGCGCAACUCAAACUUGCCAGCGUGUGAUUGAAUCCUGCCCCAAAAUACCAACAAUCUGGAAAGCGCCCUUCGUCUCUCGCUUCAAAAAACAACCACCCACCUCUCCGGUCCAAAACACACACACACACACGUCCCCUUGGUUCAAAGGACAGCAGAAUUCCUUUGGUUUAUUUUUAAUUUUGGCUCUCGGAGGGAUCCCUGCGGUUCCUGCGGCAGCUGCCCAACCCUCUCUAACAAGGCGGCGGCAUCUGUAAUUGUUGGCCGAAACUUCAGCGAGGCAUUUAUUUUAUAGAUCUUUCUCUUCCUGCCUCUGUUAUCUUCAGAGCAUCAAACAAAUGCCACACGUUUGCCUUCUUCCCCUGGCAGGACAAAGCUCUCUGUGAGGAGGUGGUGGUGGUGGCUAUUAGGGGGAGCACUAAGCCCAUGAGGAGGGGCGUUGUGUUGGGCAGCUUAUGCAUUCCCCCAAAGUGAGCUGGCGGACUUGUUCAUUUUAAGAACAUAAAACCACGAGAAGAGCCUGCUGGAUCAGGCCUGUGGCUGUCUAGCCAAGCACCCUGUUCUCACAGUGGCCUGUUGCGUAUUUAGCAGAUUAAUUGCGCUGCAGAAAGCGUGCUGGGGAGACCACACGUUCAGCAAACAAUGAAGAAACGCAAAAAUAUAUUUUGCAUGGCUUUAAUUACAAAAACAAAAACUCCUCUUACAUUAAAUCUAUAAGUACGACCUACCCAUUCACCAGGGUACUGAGAGAGGUACACGCUGCUCUUUCAUAGCUGUCAACUUUUCCCUUUUCUUGCGAGGAAUCCUAUUUGCAAUAAGGGAAUUUCCCUUUAAAAAAGGGAAACAUUACCAGUUAUGUGCUCUUUAUAUACUAUACCCAGUUGCUGACACAGCUUAAUUAACACAACUUAACAGCACUUGCUAUACUGCUUCACAGCUGUAAAAUUAGGUCAUGAUAUUUGUUCUGGCCUUUAAAGAGAUACACAUCUUGUGAAACAAUAAUGAACCUUAAUAUUUAAAGAAACCAUUCAACAUGGCUGACCAGAUGCCUGUGGGACAAGAGUCCUCUCUGCUGCUGUGGUUUCCAGCAGGUGGGAUUCGAAAGCAUCACUGCCUUCAACUGCGGAGGCAGAGCAGAGCCAUCCUGGCUAGGAGCCAUCCAUAGCCAUGAAUUUGUCUGAUCCUCUUGCAAAGCCAUCCAGUUUGGCGGCCCUCACUGUCUCUGCCACCAGGCAGAGGGCCUUCUCGGUGGUGGCACCCGCCCUGUGGAACGCCCUCCCACCAGAUGUCAAAGAGAAGAACAACUACCAGACUUUUAGAAGACAUCUGAAGGCAGCCCUGUUUAGGGAAGCUUUUAAUGUUUAACAGACCACUGUAUUUUAAUACUUUGUUGGAAGCCGCCCAGAGUGGCUGGGGAAACCCAACCAGAUGGGCGGGGUAGAAAUAAUAAAUUCUAUUCCAUUCUAUUCUCCUGUGGGAGGGAGUUCCACAGUUUAACCAUGGCGCUGUGUGAAGAAGGACAAUAUUCUACCUCCACUGUCAGGAGGCAAAUAAUGCCACUGAGCAUCAGCUGCUGAGAACUGUGGGGAGAAAGCACUGCUGUGGUGCUCAGGUCCAGCCACUGUGGGAACAGGAGGCAGGACUAGACAGGCCCCCUUUGGCCUCAUCCAGCACCCAGGCCCUUUUUGCAUUCUUAUGUCUGGAUGGCUUUAUCCGGAAUGCAUCUUGUAAGGGUUUUUGAGAGAAUUCGCCGACUAACCAACUGGAUAGCUCAGUUGGUUAGAGCCUGGUGCUGAUGACGUCAAGGCUGCAGGUUCGAUCCCCAUGUGGGACAGCGGCAUUGCAGGGGUUGGACUAGAUGAUUCUUGGGCUCCCGUCCAACUCUUAGGAUUCUGUGAUGCAUAAGCGUGGCGUAGUAUAUUUCAGACUGCAGUUAAGAGAAAAACGGAAAAACAGAUCUGUCCGGCCCUGUUGUGACAACUCCACCAUACCCAGAUGCGUACGUAAAACGUUGGAAGCAGCCUACGACACGGCGUCAGUUACAGCAAGGGAUUUUCCGCUUUUGAUAGCAGAGGCUUUGGCUUCCACGUGAGCCCCGCUCCUGGUCUCUGGCGUGGAGCCCAGGGCAACCCCACUGGGCAGGCCUGAGGCCUUUUCCUGUUGCCAUGAGCUGCUGUUCUCAUCUCCUUCACCCUGUUGACAUUAUGGCCAGUGAUGUGACGUCUUGACGCCUCUUGAGCUCCAGAUUCCCCUCUAUGCCAGAGACCCAAAUAAUUCAUUAUGUGGAAGCGGAUCUGUGGGUGUUGAUGGAGCCAGGUCCCCCCCCCCCCCGCCAGACCCCUAAGCUUAAUCUCUCUUGCUGAGAAACUGACGCCUGCGAGCAACAGGGAGGGGGCAGCCCCCAGGCUCCUCGCUGCUGGUGGACUAAUAACUCCUGUUCUUUCUCUUGUCUCCUCGCUCUUAGUCUCAUUAGCCUCCGUCCUCAUUAAUCAUGUCAUUAGCAGUCGGGUCAUGAUUUAAGUGCUCCGGCUGUUGUUGAUCCGACGAAGAGGAGCGAUUUGUCAUGGGGCCAAAAUCAUCCAAAUCCAACUUCUUAUCUUAGAAGACAACAGCCCUAACCUAGGGAUCAAGCGGUACUUGUCUCUCUUUCCCCCCUCAGGGUUGCUGGACACACGCGAGAAAGAGAGCGAGAGGGCUCGGCCUUCAACAGAGCCAGUGUGGUGUAACUGGAGUGUCGGACUAGAAACUGGGAGAUCAGGGUUCGAAUCCCCACUCAGGCAGGAAGCUGACCUUGGGCCAGACCCUGCCUCUCUCGGGCCAGCCAACCUCACAGAAUGGUUAUGGGGAUUAAAUGAGGAAUUUGUCUGACCCUCUUUUAAAGCCGUCCAAGUUGGUGGCCAUCUCAGCCUUUUGAGCUAAGGCGUUUCAUAGUUUAACUCAGCUGUGUGAAGCACUCCUUUCUUUUGUCUUGGCCCCCAAAUCUCUCAACAGAACAGCUCCAACCAGACACGUGGAGCAGGGAAGAAUCGUAGAAUUGCAGAAUUGGAAGGGACCCCCCCCCAAAAAGGGUCAUCCAGUCCAGCCCCCAGGAAUCGUGGCUGAAGAAUCCCUGACAAAAAGAUGUAGCCUGAAGAGAAAUGCAUUUAAUGACACCUUGAGGCUAUGAACCAGCAUUUUUCUGAAAAAAAAAUGGCUUGAGGGUUUCUUUAGGCAACAACCUACUUCAUUAGAUGCUUGGUCUGAGUGAGUGAAAGCCGAACCGGAGAAGAACAUUUUCCUUUCUGCUUUGUAAACAGCAAAAUAAUGCAGAAAUAUCCUUUCCCUUGCCCACCUCCCCCUUUGGAGGUAGCAGCCCAGCUGUUGAGGGAAUGGGGUUUUCUGGCGUUGAGCGAGGCUGAGGGAAUCGUCUCCGAAUGAGGGGUUCAGGCCCUCAGUGGCUGGUGGUGAGGCCUUGCCGUCAGUGCCUCAGUGUCCAUAAGGGAAGGCGUGUGGUCCUUUGGGGAAGACUGAAUACCGCUGACCUUUUGGCUGCCCCCGGACACUUCAGAUAAUCCCUGAAGUAAACAAGGGAUGCGUCAUUAAUCGUUCAAGCAGAAGCCAGUUACCGUAACUUAAGGGGCUGGCCAAGAUUGCAACAGGUUCCUCUCCAGCCUGAAAGAAAGUGGAUCAAGUUCUUUUCCCUGAGACUAGGAAUAAUAGUACCAGCCCCUUCCUAAUGAAGCUGAGUGCUGGAAGAUUCAGCCCUGUCAGCCCAACGGCAAGAUGUGGAUUUGAAUCCACAUCUCCUUGGCCCGCUUGUUCCAGUAACCUCUAACCACUACGCAACACUGUUUCUACAGCAAUUUAAGGUUGGAGGGAGGGAGGAACUGCAUUCCAGCCCCAGGUAAGGGGGAAAGCCUUGAAUCUUCCCCACAAGGGGAAAUCCUCUUGCGGUUUUAUUCUCUAAUCCGGGGGAUUUUUGGAGGGCUGGGUGUCCGCAGAGAGGUGGUUUCGUAACAAGGCGCACACCUGAUACAGCCAGGUGGAAUUUUAGCUCUCUUCAGUGGGAACUGCAAGCCGGAUUCUGACACUUUGACACUCCCACAGUCCGUUCCGCACAAUCUUUCCUGGGUCACUUGGGGGCCGGUUCUACAAAAAUGAGACACUCCCAGUUUAGGAUUCUUUGGUUUGAGGGGUGCAGUCAGGCAAACCUGCCCAGUUCCAUUUCUCUCCUCUGCUCAUUCUUCCAACCUUAACCAUUCAGCGCUCUGCCUUUCCACAUCGGUCUGUGGAAAUGCAUCAGGGCUUGAGUGCUAAUUUCGCCGUCUGUAGCAGCCGUGCUUCUGAAUGCCCGUUGCAGAAGCCACAGGAGCAGAGGGCUCUUGUGCUCGUGGGCAUCUGGUCAGCCACUGUGGGAACAGGAGGCUGGACCAGAUGUGCUCCCUUUCAGUGCUUCUUGUGUUCCUAAUUCAGCAGGGCUUUUCUUACGUUCCUAAAAGGGGACUUUUUUGCAAAACAAUUUUCCCCAACACAAUUUUUGCAUCCCUUCCCCCCAUAUACAUUCUGUUUCAUGCACGUUUUAUCCUGGUAUAUGCAUUUCUAUGUAUAUACAUUCUAUUCUAUAUAUUUAUAUAUGUGUGUGUGUGUGUGUGUGUGUGUGUGUGUAUAUAUUUUCUAUGCACAUACCAGGAUAAAGCGUGCAUAAAACAGAAUGUAUAUGGGGGGGGGGAGGGAUGCAAAAAUUGUGUUGGGGGAAAUUGCUUUGCAAAACAUUACCUGACUGGAUAACUGCAGAGCAACAUUUAGAGAACUGUGCUUCGGUCCACAUUUCAUUUCAGAAAGCGCAAGUGCAGUGGGUUUGCCUUUAAAUGCAAACUGAAUUGGAUUCCUCCCUUGUCCGUUGCAGUGAGGAAGAUCCUUUCAGCAGCAGAAUCUUGUUUCUUUUCCCCAAGGAGUGAUUUAGAGGCCUGUCAGUUCAAAAAAAUCUUACCAAGCCUAUAUUUCUUCCUGGAGACUUCCUGGCUGAGGCCUGCCAACUCCGUCUCCUGCCCGCUGGUGAUUUACCACGAUGCCUCUCAGCAGCUGAGAGCUGGCAGGGGUCGGGCUGAGAUAAUCCCCCAGAGUUUUGCCUGCCUUAUCGCCUGGCAGAAGUUCCUUGUGUUGAAAGAAAAGACCUCAACUUAAUGGAGCUGAUCUGUGAACGGGGUAAAGGAGGUUGCGUUUCAGAGAUAAUCACCCUCCUCUUCCCCCUGCACACACAAAAUUCAAACAACUCUUCCCUGGUGGCCCAGGGCUUUGCACAGAUGUUGUACAGAUGCGAGGAGGGGAGCCCAGAGGAAAAUGGGCAAACUUCUUAUAUAUUGCAUUUCCAUCCCUCCUUUUUCUCCAUGGAGCUUGGCGGCUCACACGCCACUCUUCCCUCCGCAUUUAAACCCCACAGCAAAAACCCUGAGAGUUAGCUUAGGCUGAGAGGCGGUGGCCAGCCCAGGGUUACCCAGUGAGCUUCAGGUGGAGAUUCGAACCUGGGUCUCCCCAUAUCCGACACUUUAAUCCCUACGCCAUGCUGGCUCUCAAAAAAAAAUAAGCAAAACGUCCAAGAAAUAAAAAUGAAAAGAUGCACAGUGGCCAAGUGUGGAUAUUUUCCCACGGAUUCCUGAGUCACGCUUUUAUAAAACAGGAAAUGGCUUUCACUGUUCGCUUCACAUUUCCUUUCACCAUGCCCUGGCUUCCGUCAGAGAUCCAGGCUCGUGUUAUCCAAUCUCGGCUUGUUGUCCUGGCUUGUUGACCAGCUGGAAAAGCGCAUGGCCAUGCUCCGUGGUGGCUCUAAAGGAGGAUUAGGCAACUGCAAUGAGGAGGAGAGGACUAUCGAGGUCUCCUGGCCACAGUGGCUCAGCUCUGCCUUUGCAGACGGAGGCAGCAGUGCUGGAAGACACAGGAGGGGAGCGUUGCUCUUGUGCCCGGAUCCUGCUUGUGGGUUUCCCAGAAGAGGCAUCUGGCUGGCCACUGUGAGAACAGGAUGGUGGGCCUUUGGUCUCAUCCAGCAGGGCUCUUUUUGCAUUCUUGAAAAUGCUAAGGGCCAGACCUUCACCUGCAGACAUCUAAAAAUGGACUGAUAAGGAAUGGAUUUACCGUAUUUUUCCGUGUAUAAGACUAGGUUUUUUUUCCUUUUAAAAAUGUCAAAAAUUUGAGGGCGUCUUGUACACGGAUACAUCUCCCCCCAUUUUCUUAAAUCGGAGUCCACCAAAAUAGGGGGCGUCUUAUACAUGGGGGCGUCUUAUAGACAGAAAAAUAUGGUGCCAUGUGCUCCAAACAUGCAACUUCCCUUUCUGGUUUUCCUUUGGGGCAUCUGCUUGGCCCCUGUGGGAACAGGAUGCUGGACUAGCAGGACCAUUGGCCUGAUCCUGCAGACUCUUCUGUACAUUCUGCCUUACCAUAAAAUAUCCAAGGCUGAAUUUAAUGAGGAUGAAAAAUAAAAUUGUUGUGGAAACUAGGAGAUUAAAACUGGUGUGUUGUGUGUAGCAAUAAUUAUAAUAAUAAUAGUAACAUUGAUGAAAAUUAUCUGUAAACUAAACAUAUAAAGCCGCAGGUGUACAGUCACUUACCUGGGAGUAAGUCCCAUUGGGAUUUGUGUUCUGAGUAAACUUGCAAAGGAUUUGCACUGUAAGAGGCAGGGAGGGCCUGAGAACAUUAAUUAAGAACAUACUUCUGCAAGAAUUUUGGCCAUAUAAAACAAAUUAAAUCUCAUUUAAGUAUCUCCAUUUGCUUCAUCUUGAAUUACAAUUUCUGCUUCCUCCUCCAUCUUCUCUCUCUCUCUUUCCCUCUCCAAUUCUUAUUUGUUGUUUUAUUAUUUCAAUUAUAAGCCCGCAGUCUCGGCCCUAUUGACUUUUCAAAUAUUUGUGCAAGACUGUGUUAUGUUAAGCACUUUAAGAAAUAGUGAAUCGCAUCCCUGCUUUGGCUGUCUCGAAAUACUGUGACCGGGCAGUUACUAAUCGGUGGCUGGGGGCUUUCCCGAGGGGGAAAAUAAAAAGAACUGACAUCAUUCCUUGAUAGCUGGCAAUUUCUCUCCCCAGCCCUUGGUAAGCAAUGCCCUUCGGUGUCUGGGAAGUGCAGAGGGAAAAGGAUUGUGUCUCAUCUUGAAGUGGAGAGAGGUUUCCUUUCCCCCUUUUCCUGGAACUAGCUUGCAGGACAGAUUGCAUGGAGCUGGGCAGUUGUUUUGGAGAAUCCAGAAUAUCCUUAUUUUGGGGUGAAAUGCAGUGACUUUCCAGCAAAUUCAGCACAGAGGGGCUAGUCCAUUAGGGCCAACAGAGCACUGUCCUAUCAAGAACAUAAGAUGUUUUGUUGGGUCAGGUCCAUCUAAACCAGCCGCCUGCUCUCACAGUGGCCAAACAGAUGCCCCAAAGGGAAACCUGCAAACAGGACCCCAGAGCCCUCUCCCCUCUGUUCCUCCCUCUGAAGAGGAAGAGCAGCGCCAAAGGAAAAAAGAGACGAAAACAAAGAAGAGAGACCACGGAGGAAAAGGAGAGAAGAGGGGAAAGGAAAGGAAGGAGAUAAUAAAGAAAGAUAAAAAGGGCUUCCAAUUUUCCAUUUGCAGGUUACAUAAAAAAAGAAAAAAAAAUAUCUAAGACAUUCAGUCCAUAAUAACACCCAUCUUCUCCAUGUUCCGUUAAACAGUCUUUCUUUUAAGUCUCAAAAUCAUUCAUUUUUUUGCACGAAAAGUCCAAGGGGGGUUCCCGAAUUGUUUUUAUUUUUGGUCAGUAUCCACCGUGUUUUCUCUUCAACGCCAGCUUUGCCUCCAUUCAUUCCCACCACCGUCCCCACCCUGUAUUGGAGGAACCUUGCAUCACUGGGGAGUUGCUCCAUCAUUUUGGUGGCUCUUUGCUGGACCUUUUCCCCAGCUCUGCAGCAUCUUGGGAGUUUUUUUGAGGCGAGGCGGCCAGAUCCACAUGGGAAUGAUGCCACCCUCCCUCCCUCAUCUGAACACUGGAAGGUUUUGGACAGAGAAAAGUCCCUUCUUCACACAGCACAUAAACUACGGAACUCCCUGCCACAGGAGGAGGAAGAGGCAGGGAUGGCCACUAACCUGGGUGGCUCUAAAAGAGGACCAGUCCACGGAGGAUGAGAGGGCUAUGGAUGGGUCCUAGGCAGGCUGGCUCUGCUCUGCCUCCACAGUCCGAAGCAGCAAUGCCUCUGAAUGCCAGUGGCUAGAAACCGCAGGAGGGGAGCGUUGCUGUUAUUCUCGGAUCCUGCUUGUGGGUUGGCCAUUAAGGACAUCUGGUCGGCCACAGGAUGUUGGGCUAGGAGGAGGUCCUUUGGCCUAGCCCAUUAAAUGCUUCUCGUGUUCUAAAUUCAACUUUGAAUAGACCCACAGAAAUGGAUGGACGCAAGUAUGAGAGCAGAAUCCUGGACUAAGAUGGGCCAUUAGCCUGAUCCUGCAGGCUCUUCUAAUUCCCUAAGGUAAAGGGACCCCUGACCAUUAGGUCCAGUCACAGACGACUCUGGGGUUGCGGAGCUCAUCUCGCUUUACUGGCCGAGGGAGCCGGCAUUUGUCAGCAGACAGCUGGUCCACUAAAACCCCUAGACCCUUUUCCCAUGCACUGCUGUGAAGCCAAGCGUCCCCCAUCCCAUGUUAUUGACCCUCCCCUUUCUUCUUGGGGCUUGGUUAAAAGGUAAAGGGACCCCUGACCAUUAGGUCCAGUCGUGGCCGACUCUGGGGUUGAGGCGCUCAUCUCGCUUUAUUGGCCAAGGGAGCCGGUGUACAGCUUCCGGGUCAUGUGGCCAGCAUGAGUAAGCCGCUUAUGGAGAAGCCAGAGCAGCGCACGGAAAUGCCAUUUACCUUCCCGCCGGAGCGGUACCUAUUUAUCUACUUGCAUUCUGACGUGCUUUCGAACUGCUAGGUUGGCAGGAGCAGGGACUGAGCAACGGGAGCUCACCCCGUCGUGGGGAGUCAAACCACCAACCUUCUGAUCAGCAAGCCCAAGGCUCAGUGGUUUAACCCACAGCACCACCCGUGUCCAUCUAAUUCCCUAGUGUCCUCCUAUCUAAGUUUCCCUGGCGUUGCUUUUGUCUUCUGCUGCCAAGGUCGAGGAUGACAUCGGCAAGGCGCUGCUCGCCCUCCCCAUUGCUGCUUCCAUCCUGUCCCUCCCUCCCAAUCCCUGUCGCAAGCAGGAUCUGCAGGAUGUGGGAUCUGCGAGUGGCCCUCCGUCCAGGUCCUCCUUUCCCUGUGCAGGCGGAAGGGGAGAACUCGCCUCCCCGGUUUGGCUAAGCAAAGUCAGGAUAGCUCUUUUCUGGGCUGACUUCCUGCUUGGCCAACUGACACAGUCUCUCCCACCUGCUCUGUGGUUUGCCUUUAACACUGGCAAGAUCACAGCAACCUGGGAGGAUAACAUCUCGGCAGGCCUCACCCCUUUGAGAGGAAGUUUUGUUCAGUGUUUGCCUCUCUCCCAGGAGCUCAGGGGAGGCAUUAUCCUCGCCACAAAGAAGGCCUUUGUGGUGUAGCGUCAGGGAGACCAGGGUUCGAAUCCCUGCUUGGGUAGGAAGCCCACACUGGGCGUCCCUGGGCCAGUCACUUUCUCUUACUCAGCCUAACGUACCUCACAGGGUUGUUGUGAUGAUAAAAUGGGGGGGGAGAGAAGCAUGUAACCCCCCCUCCCUGCUUGAGCUUCUUGGGAUUGAAUUGAAUUGCAAACAAAUCCAGGUGAAUGACCAAUAAGCAGUUCACCUGGAAAUACCUGCAAGGAGCCACAGUUCCUGCCCCACCACAACAAAAUUUCCAGGGAAGACAACAUUAUUAUUAUUAUUAUUAUUAUUAUUAUUAUAUACAAAGGGCAGUAUAGCAGCUUUGACUGCUCCUGCUCCGCUGACCACACCAGCCCCACGGAUCAGACAAGCAUAGGGUGGGUUUGUUUUAUUUUGCCCCGGUGCAGAAUAUCUGAAGGGGCAUUAUCGAAACCCAAGAAGCUAGCGAUUAAUGGACAGAAAUAUUCCGCUUUGCUCCCCUCCCCUCCCCCUCUUGAAAAGCAGCAAAGUGAGUUAAUCCAAUCUUAGCAGAGCUCCUUAACGUAAUUAACACAAUGCCGGGAGGUGGAGGUAAUUAAGAUUUGGGACAAACAGUUUCUCUUCUCCCCCAACGCCCCCAGAUCUUUGCCUCCCGCAGGACCUCCUGCCAAAAUGUUAAUUUCACAGGCAGUGGGCAGCAUUCAUCUUGCCAUGCCAACCUGCUACCCAAAGGCCUUUUGUUUUGCAUUAUUGCCACUGAUAGGGAGUUGAUUGCUUGUUUGUCCAGCCUUGGCGCACUUGUUGAUCUUGGGAGGCAGCAAGGAGAGCCUGCUGGAUCAGGGACAAAGCGGGCCCACGCAGGCUAGCAUCCUAGCCCCAGUGGGAAACCUGCAAGCAGGAUCCAAGCACCUUCCUCCCUUGUGGCUCCCAGAAGCAUUCUGGAGGUCAAGCAUAGCCAUAGUGGCUGGUAGCUGUCAGUGGUCUUCUCAUCCAUGAAUUUGUCUAGUCCGCAGCAAGGUUCCAGUCUUCAUGGUGCUGAAUAGGAGUGAAGGAGGCUGACUUAUACACUAUGGGGCAAAAGUUUUGAUCCCCUGCUAAAUUUGCCCAUUUGCUCCCUGACGAAGAAAUGACCAGUCCAUAAUUUUAAUGGUAGGUUUAUUGUAGCUGUGAGAGACAGAAUAACCCCCAGAAACGUCUGACCUCUGUAAUUGCCACCAAGUACUAAGUCAUUAUGGUGCUGGAGGAGACUCUUGAGAGUCCCAUGGACUGCAAGAAGAUCAAACCUCUCCAUUCUUAAGGAAAUCAGCCCUGAGUGCUCACUGGAAGGACAGAUCCUGAAGCUGAGGCUCCAAGACUUUGGCCACCUCAUGAGUAGAGAAGACUCACUGGAAAAGACCCUGAUGUUGGGAAAGAUGGAGGGCACAAGGAGAAGGGGACGACAGAGGACGAGAUGGUUGGACAGUGUUCUCGAUGCUACCAGCAUGAGUUUGACCAAACUGCGGGAGGCAGUGGAAGACAGGAGGGCCUGGUGUGCUCUGGUCCAGGGGGUCACGAAGAGGCGGACACGACUAAACAACAACAACUAAGUCAUCUUUCGCAAAGGGAUUGAAUACUUAUUUCACUAAUCAUAAUGCACAUCAAUCUCGUGACUUUUGUCUUCUGGGUUUCCUCUCCCGCUGAGCUCACCUUCGCUUCUCUUUUCCUCCCGCAGAAUAUCGACAUCACCAACUUCAGCAGCAGCUGGAGUGACGGCCUGGCCUUCUGCGCCCUCCUGCACACCUACCUGCCUGCCCACAUUCCCUACCAGGAGCUCAACAGCCAGGACAAGGUGAGGCCCCUCUGUCACCAGCAUCCUUCAGAUGGUGGGCGAUUUGGUGGGGUGGGGAGAAACCUUUCCCCUAGUGAUGUGGAAUGGAAUUGCAGGAUAAACACACACACACACACACACACACACACACACACACACACACACAAUUCCUGACCUAGUGACCUUAUUUACUAUUUAGUCAUUUCAUAAAAUGUAUUAUAUGCUGCUUGGUUGUAAAGAAAAAAGGGGGGGGGACCAAAGCAAUAAAAUUUAACACUAGCAGAAAUGUAGCAGCCAUGAUUUAAGACUCUCAGAAAGUUAAAAUAACAAUAGACUAAAUUGCAUCAGCUUUCUAAACCUUUGGACAGGCUUGUCUAAACGAAAACAUUUUGGCAGACCCCAAAAAGAGGACAGUGAAGGCGGAGCCUGACAUCAGUUCCCAAGGAGUUUCAAAUAUAAUCAGCCCCGAGUUUUUUUUUUAAUAAAAUAAAAAUACAUGAUAAGGCUAAUGUUUGGUUAUUUAUAAGUAGUUCCAACUAACGACCUUUUAAUAGCAGUUGUAAAUAAUAAAAUAUUGAUCCUGCCUUUUAAAAACAUGUUUUUGAGUGUGCUUUGUUUUUUCCCCUGGUUUUUAAUAUAUGUUAUUUAUUUUUUGCUGUAAGCUGCUUUCAGUUGCAUGGGGGGGGAGAAGCAACUAAGAAAUUUAAUUAAUAACAAUAGUCCAACAAUAUCUGGAGGGCCACCUGGGUGCCUUUCUGCUGUAGCUACAAUAACAAAGUCUUCCAGGAAGAAGCAGAAUUUGAAACUUACUUCUCACCUGAUUGAUGUAUACUUGAAUUCACUUCCUUUUGUGGGUUUUGAAUCAAGGAGUGCCUGUUUUCUUUCAUUUGUGGGCUGUGUUUCCUGGUGAGGUCUUUGCCAUUUGCACCUCGCCUAAGCCCUCUGUUUCUCACCUUUUUAAAAAAAUGCAAUUUAUUUUCCAAAAUUUUCCCCUAUAAACACACAUUGUGGGGUUGGAAAAUGGCAUUGCAAAAUUCGGAGCGGUGCAAGUUUCAAAGAAUCACAGUGUUUUGGUUGGCUUAUUGCUUCAGGAAGCACAGAUCAGGGAACUUUCCCAUUCAAAGGCAAACAGAAUCUACGUCCUCCCCAUCCACAGCCGUAACACGAGAGGAACUUUCCCGCGGCAAAUGUCUGAUGGCAACUGGGGGGGGGGCAGGCUGAUGUCAGAGAAAACAGCCCUUCUAGCCUGACUUAUUUGUUGUCUCUCUCCCCCCCCCUCCCCACAGAAAAGAAAUCUCCUUUUGGCAUUCCAGGCUGCCGAAAGCGUUGGCAUUAAACCCAGCUUGGUGAGUGCUUUUGUCCUGGGGAGAUGCAUUGUGCCAAUAUAGCAUUGGCGGGGAUGAGGCCGGCGGGGGACCGAAGGGGGGGGUGUCAUAUUUGCACCUGCAGGAAAACAGGCAACAGGAGCAUGGCUUCAAAUCCAUUCCACCCUCCCUUCCAUUUAUCUAAUCUCCCACUUUAAAACCAGCGACCAUCUUCCGCUGUCACAUCUUGUGGUUGUUAGUUCCACAAGUCAAAGAGCGCAGUUGAAUGGGGAAGACCCUCCCUUUUAAUCAUCCUGAAUCUCCCCCGUCAGUCAAUUUCGGGGAGUUUCUGACCUCGUCAAGAAAGAAAAAUGCUUGGUUGAGGGUUUCCUGUUGUUUGCCGAACCCACCGAGGUGUCGUGAUUCAGAGCUCAGAUAGUUCCGAUCCGCUGCUCCUUUCAGUUUAGAAAAGCCAGCCUUCAAUCCCAGACUGCACAGCUAUUUAUUUUAUGGCAUUUAUGGUCCACUGUUCCUCCCUGUGGCUGGUUUUUAUCCUCCUGACAGCCUUGUGAGGCUAGACCGAUUCGCCUAAGGCCAAUCCCCAGCAAAUUCCACAGCUGACUGGGGAAUCUGAACCCAGCACCCCCAGUACAACCUUGUCUCUGACUCUGCCUGCACGGGUUUCGAUGUGGGGGCGAGCAAAACGCUGCUCGCGUUUUGCUUCUUCUAUGACUCGCUCAAGUUUGCAGCCAUAAACAUGUUUGCUGUGGUACAGAGGUGCGAAAGAGAGCACAGGGCUAACAGGAACACACCAAGCUCCCUUGCUCUCGCUCUCUUCCUAAACCUGUUGAGUUAUCACUUCUAAAAAGUCGUUUGCCCCAUCGCACCACUCCAAAUAACUUUUUGCACAGCUUCAGGGCUCUUCUUAAGAUUGGGGGACCAUGUGGCUAGAGGCUGGCGUGAGCCCUGAGUCGCAAAGACCUUGCUCAGGCUGAAACACGCACCUCCGCGUGCAUUAACUCGCUCUACGUGGGGCUGCCCUUGAGACUGACCCAGAAACUCCAGCGGGUGCAGAAUGCCGCGGCGAGACUCCUUAUGGGGUCCUUGCCGUGAGAUCACAUUCACCCGGUGCUAUACCAGCUGCACUGGCUCCCAGUGGAGGACAGGGUCAGGUUUAAGGUCUGGUUUUAACCUUUAAAGCUCUAUAUGGCCUAGGACCCUCGUACCUACGGGACCGCCUCUCCUGGUAUGUCCCACGGAGGACCUUACGUUCUUCAAAUAAAAACAUCUUGGAGAUACCGGGCCACAGGGAGGUUAGGCUGGCCUCAACCAGAGCCAGGGCUUUUUUGGCUGUGGCCCCAAUCUGGUGGAACGCUCUGUCACAAGAGACUAGGGCCCUGAGGAACUUGACAUCUUUCUGCAGGGCCUGCAAGACAGAGCUGUUCCACCAAGGCACAGUCUGACCCCCUCCUUCUGUAAUCCUCAUAGAACUCUAGCCCAAUGGUUGCCAUUGAUUUGAUUCUGAACUGAUUUUAGAAUGAAUUGAUUUUAGAAUGUAUUUCAAUUAAUUGACUGUGAUUUUAUGUAAACUGCUAUUUUUACUGUUGUUAGCCGCUCUGAGCCCGGCUUUGGCGGGGGAGGGCGGGAUACAAAUAAAAUUUUAUUAUUAUUAAGUGAUAGGUCUCAUAGCAUGCAACCUUCCUCACCAUCUCUAAAAACUUCAGGAAGGGCUGGAGACCCCAGAGAGGUCCUGUGCAGAUAAUACCAAACUAGAUGGCCAACGGUCUGACUCUGCUAAGGUGCUCCCUAUGUUCCUGAUUCAGAGCCAUGAGGGCUGGAAUCUUAUUUUCAGAGGAAGGGCCUUAGCCCAGGGGCAGAUCACCCCCUUUGCAUGUGUGAGGUUCAAACGGCACUACCAAGCAGGGCUGGCCAGGAACCGUGCUGAGUUCCCGCUGCAGUGCAGACCAGACUGAGCCCAAUGGAUCAAGGGUCUCACUCUGCAUAAGGUGGCUUGCCUUAGGUUCCCUGGGGUUUCCCUCUGCCCUAGGGCAGUUUUAAUAGAAUCUUAGAAUUGUAGAGUUGGAAGAGAAGUAUUGCAACCCCUUACCAGCUCCCUAGAAGCCUUGUUGUCGGCCCAAAACCAGCCUCCCCUCCCCACCCCAGAGGGCCCCUCUGCCGAACUCUCCCUGUUGAACUCUCCCUGCCUCCAUCUCCUGAAUACCUUCCCCAAAUCAUGGGAACCUGAAGUGCUCACGGCUCUCUGUCCCCAUCACCAAGUCUUCCUGGCACACAACCGUCAAUUCGCCGUCCCGUUCCCCCUCGUUUUAUGUGAGCUUGGGUGUUUGACAUUCAUUUCUUUAAAAGGCUUACGGCCGGGAUUUAAUUACUCUUGGCUACCGCUGCCUCCUUGAAAGCCUAGCCAAGCAGAUAGGGAGCCCUUCCGGCACGGGAAGGGGGGUGCUGUUGUUCCUGGCUGCCCCCCUACUUCAUUUGCUGCCACGAGAGGGGAAGCGAAAGCCGUCACGUUCCCCGGGGCUCAGACGUGUUGGGUCCAGUGUGUGCGUGGGAUCAGAGAUCUGCUCCCCCCCUGCCCAGUUUUCUCUCUCUGGAGCUUCAAGGGAAGAACUGAGAAGCUUCAGCAGCCGGGAAGAAUGUUAUAAGGAGCCACUGAGGAUGUUGGGCAGGCUUGGCCUGGAGGAGAGGAGACAGAGGGAGGUAUGAGAGAGACCUUCAAAUAUCCAUGGAAGAUGGAGAAAGCUUGUUUUCUACUGCUCCCACCAAGAAAGGAGAUUCCCGAUAAAUAUCAUCAUCAUCAUCAUUUAUUAUUAUUAUGGCUGGGUUUCCCAAGCCACUCUGGGGGGCUUCCAACAAAAUAUUAAAAGACAAUAGUCUAUUAAACAUUAAAAGCUUCCCUAAACAGGGCUGCCUUCAGGUGUCUUCUAAAAGUCUGGUAGUUGUUUUUCUCUUUGACAUCUGAUGGGAGGGCGUUCCACAGGGCGGGUGCCACCACCGAGAAGGCCCUCUGCCUGAUUCCCUGUAGCUUUGCUUCUCGCAGGGAGGGAACCGCCAGAAGGCCCUCGGCACUGGGCAGCCUUUCUUAUGGGAAGAGUUGAUUGACAGUGGACUCUCUUUUGUUGGACGUUUCAAAGCAGGGUUUGGAUGGCCAUCUGUCAUGGAUUCCUGCAUUGCAGGGGGUGGACUAGAUGACUCUCAGGGUCCCUUCCAUCCCUACAAUUCUUUGAUUCUAUGAAUAUGUAUGUACUCACACAUAUACAAACUUCCUGUGAAAUGAUCUGCUAUAUUUUGGGAAGCAGGGAUAGGGAGUAGGAAAUUUCACCUGCAUUGUGCCUUUUAACUGUCCCUGGGGGUUCAGAAUGACCCUCUGGUUCCCCUGCUGCAGCUAAAGUGCUUUACGUUUCCUUGUUUUCCUCCCUCCCAAUGACGCUGCCAUCUCUUCCCGCUACAGGAGCUCAGCGAGAUCAUGUACACGGACCGCCCUGACUGGCAGAGCGUUAUGCAGUACGUCGCCCAAAUCUACAAAUAUUUCGAGACCUGA